AUGUUUAUAAGAAGAAUAUUCACGUUAAUGGCAUCAAUAAAGUUUGCAUUCUUCGGAUGUGCGUAUGAUGAUGAGACUCCUUCUGACGAAUGGCUCUCCAUAAUGGCUUUCAUGAAUUUAUCACGUGACUUGGUGCUCGGAUAUGCUGCAGAUGUUUCUUCCGACGAGUAUAAUGACGAUGGAGUCUCCAUCCAGAUAACAGCAGACGCAAAUGACUGCGAACACAGGAUGAAAAAGAAGCACUGCUUCCAUAGACCGUGUCCCAGUGAGACCGAAAACACGAGACCAUCGAACAGGGCGAAAUCGUUCGAGAAUUGUAACGACGGAGUCGUGAAAUCGUUCACGCUGAAGACCUCGGAAUGCAGCAGUCUGAAGGAAGUUAUGAACACCUUCUGCCUGCCAUGCCAGAUAACCAACAGAACAGUCGGUCCACCGUCUCGUAACGAUACAGCGACCAAGGGGACAACCAGGAGAACCUGUUGCAAACCUGCUGCUUCAAAAGAUGUGCAAAUAGAAAUGUUGUGCGGCAAGGAGGUGAGACUGGAACUCUUUGAGAGAGUUACGAGGUGUUCUUGUACAACUAGCCCGUCAAGCAGACACGCGUGCUCUAUGGUUUAGUGUUCUGCGUGCCGCUGCUGGCUCCCUCCCUCAGUUGUCUGCAUUGUUUCCGCGUGCUAUUUUGGCUGCUUGAUUAGUUGCUCAAUUAGGUAGUUGGUUCGUUUAGUUGGGGCUUGUUAUUGCGAGUGGAUGUUUCAAUCGAUGAAUGCAGAGUUUCUUCAUUGGUUGGCUGGCUGUCUGGUUGGUUAGUCGAUCGAUUGUUCAAUUGAAAGAUGACAAGCAAUUAUUGUUGAAGGGCUUACUGUGACUCAACUUUUUUAAAUGAUUUUAUCAAUAAAUAUUUCAUGCUGACAUCAUUUUUUAUUUCCAAUCAAUUUAAACUCAACGUGCUUGCUGUUGUUAUUUAUAAUUGGCGAUAAAUUUUUAAGCGGAGCAUCCUUGCAGUGGUAGUGAUUGAUGACGAUGACGACGAUGAAGAUGGUGACGAUGGUGAAAUAUAAUGCUGUGCAAACGUUCUUGAAAGCUUGUUGAUUGUAGUUG